UCCACCAUGGCAUCCAACACCGUGCUCUGUGCCCUUCUUGUCGCUUUGGUAGCGGCACUCUGCAGUGGUGAGGCUGACGUCUCCAGCAGGCAGAAGCGCCCUUUUACGGACCAGCGCCUUGCUGAGUACCUGACGCUGUUGGCUCUGGAAGCGAUGGGCCACACCACCCCUCUGCCAGACCCGACGAUAGUAGGCCGCAAACGUUCCUUUUCGUCCGACGUGUGGAGACUGGUGAACGAAGCGGACUUGCCCGUUGAAGAAUACGUUUCCAUGCCCGGGGACUCGUCCAUGAGGAGACACCUGCGUCCGCUACAGAUAUGAGGCGGUGGAUGGAGCAAAACCGUUAAGAUCUUAGCUGGAGAUCUACCGCACAUUUGAGGAAAAUUUCAUACCACCAGAAAUCUGUGCUUUAAUUUUUUCUAUGGUCUAACGUACUC